GAUGUUUUACUACUGGUCUUGGUAGUUUCGUAAAUGCACAUUGUAAUUAAUAUUAAUGAGUAACUGACCGCAGAGCAAAGCCUGACUCUUAAAUAUUCAUAGCAGACUGAAUCGCUUAUCAAUAUGUAAUAAGAGUCAGUAUUUGCAGUACAGCUCUUACUGGUUGUAGAAGUUUUCCGGAAAACGACAUUGUAGAGGCGGUGUGAGAUUUUACUCGGGUAGUGGGUUUGCACAGUACCGAAGUCGGGUAGAAAGGUUUUGUAAAGGCCGUGGCUUGUUUGUUGUGGACACAGAAGGGAGGCCUGAUCGGAACGCGCCGAGUGAAUGAAAGACUAAAAAAAUUGUUGGAAGUCGGCAGGUGUUUCAGUGUACAGAGUACUGCCUGAGAUGAAGCUUUUUGAUUAACGCCCGCUGUUGGUGCAAUAUGGAUUUUGUAACUUCUCUUAUGUCGUGUUGAAUCAAGCCAUCACUAAUGCAGCAGAAGCAAGUGUUUAUCAGCCAGAGGUGAAUCUUAAGGACACUGUUGAACAUGGUUUUACCCACCAGCCCAGUGCACUGGGGUAUAACUCCACCCUUGGUCUCAUGGCUAUUGGAACUCGAUCAGGAGCCCUCAAACUAUAUGGAACUCCGGGUGUAGAAUUCAUGGGACUGCAUGAAGAAAACAAUUCAGUCAUACAGAUCCACUUUCUACCUGAACAGGGCCAGUUAAUCACUUUGCUGGAUGACAACAGUUUGCACCUAUGGUCACUGAAACAACAUGAAGGGCUAACCAUUCUAGAAGAGGAGGAGAAGGAAUUCAAAUUGAAGGGGCAACCAGGUGCUCCUCCUAGUGUUACAUCAGUGACUGCAGCAUUACCUCACUCAUCAGGAGAAGUUCUGUAUCUGGGGACAGAGAGUGGUACCAUCUUUGUACUGGAGCUCCCUACAUGCCAGGUGGUGGAGGAUAAGACAGUUUCUCCAGAGGAAGUACUGCAACGGGUACCAGAAGAAUACAAGAAUCGUCGGUCACUAGGAUUAGUAGAAGCACUAAAGGAACAUCCCCGUAAUCCCAACCAGAUUUUAAUUGGUUACAACAGGGGCCUCAUUGUGUUGUAUGACUUGCAGGGUUGUCAAGCAACACAUUGCUUUAUGGGAAGCCAGCAUUUAGAGAAUCUGUACUGCCAGAAGGAUGGUCGCCAAAUAAUCAGUUGCCAUUCUGAUGGCAGUUACUGCCAAUGGCCAGUCUCCAGUGACAACAGGCAGCCUGAGCCACUUGAAAACAAAGUGCCUUAUGGUCCUUUCCCUUGCAAAGCUAUCACCAAGAUUCAGUGGCUGAUCACAAAGCAUGGAACACCCUUUGUGGUAUUUCAAGGUGGCAUGCCUCGGGCCAGCUAUGGUGAUAGGCACAGCAUUACUGUCAUCCAUGGAUCUAAACAGGUAGCCUUCGAUUUUACAUCAAGACUGAUAGAUUUCAUAGUCAUAUGUGAUGGAGGUCCAGAAUCAGAAUACGAUGAUCCUCGAGCCUUAAUUGUGUUAGCAGAAGAGGAACUUGUAGGAAUAGAUCUUAAAACAGAUGGCUGGCCAAUGAUCCAGGCACCCUAUUUGGCAUCGCUGCACUGUUCCGCCAUUACCUGCUCUCAUCAUGUUUCCAGCAUUCCACUGAAGCUGUGGGAAAGGAUAAUCAGUGCUGGAAAUAAGCAGAACACACAGUACUCCAAAAUGCGGUGGCCAAUCAGUGGUGGCAAAAAUGUGGCUCCAGACCCACCACAGAGGGACUUGCUUUUAACAGGACAUGAAGAUGGUACAGUUCGUUUUUGGGAUGCAUCUGGUGUCUGUCUUCGUUCUCUUUAUAAAGUGAGCACAUCUGGUGUCUUCCACACAGAUGCAGAUCACAAUGACAACAUGAAUCAAGUGGGAGAAGAAGAGUGGCCACCUCUGCGCAAGAUUGGCUGCUUUGACCCGUACAGUGAUGACCCCAGACUGGGGAUCCAGAAAAUACAUCUUUGUAAAUACAGUGGUUUCCUUGCAGUAGGAGGCACAGCAGGCCAGGUGUUGGUGAUGGAGCUGAAUGAUGAAGCUGCAGAUCUGAUGGUGGAUGGCAUGAUAGUGGACUUGCUUCAAGACCAACCAGGCUUUAGAUGGAAAGGUCAUGAGCGGCUGAACAGAAAGGAUGAGUCGGUCAUCUUUCCACCUGGGUUUCAGCCCUUUGUUGUGGUGCAAUGUGAACCCCCAGCAGUAAUAACCUCAUUGGUACUUCAUUCCGAGUGGAAGCUUGUUGCCUUUGGAACAAGCCAUGGCUUUGGCAUAUUUGAUUAUCAGCAAAAACAGCAGAUACUUCUCAGGUGUACUUUAAACCCUACUGACCAGCUUGCAUUAGAAGGUCCACUCUCCCGUGUAAAGUCUAUAAAGAAGUCUCUUAGGCAGUCAUUCAGACGGAUAAGGAGAAGUAGAGUAUCAGGAAGAAAGCCGCCUACAAGCAGCAGUGCAUCAAAGGUUGAUGACGCAAAUGCUAGGUUUGACCAAGAUGCACUACAUGAGAUGGAACUGGCACCAGUACAGAGAAAAAUUGAAGCACGUUCUGCAGAUGAUUCCUUUACUGGGUUUGUAAGAACCCUGUAUUUUGCUGACACCUACUUAAAAGAUGGUUCGCAUUAUGGCCCUUCACUUUGGGCAGGCACCAAUGGUGGAUGCAUCUAUGCAUAUUCCUUGCGAAUACCAUCCGUGGAGAGGAGGAUGGAGGAAACCGUCUUUGCAGAGCCAGCUAAAGAAAUUCAACUGAUGCACAGGGCUCCAGUAGUGGGUAUCUUCAUUCUAGAUGGGCGAGGGAUUCCUCUACCAGAACCUCUUGAAGUUGCACAUGAUCUGUCUAAGAGCCCUGAAAUGCAUGGGAGUCAUCAUUUGCUGGUUGUUUCAGAGGAGCAAUUUAAGAUAUUCACAUUGCCAAAGGUGAGCACGAAGGUGAAAUUAAAACUGACAGCUUUGGAUGGUUCCAGAGUCAGGAAGGUGUCAAUCUCGAACUUCAGCAGUCGAACGGAGGAGUACAGUGAGAGUGACUUGGUGGUGCUGACUAAUUUAGGCGAUAUCCACAUUGUUUCACUACCCUUGCUCAGACCCCAACAGCGCUUUAGUUGUAUUCGAAAGGAGGACGUCAGCGGGAUAGCCUCAUGUGUAUUCACCAGAUAUGGACAAGGAUUUUACCUGAUUUCACCAUCAGAGUUUGAGAGAUUCUCUUUGUCAGCAAAAUGGGUAGUAGAGCCACAGUGUGUGGCUGAAGUACCAGAAGGAAAUCGUAAUAGCCGUCCCCGACAGAUCAAAGGGAUGAACAGGACUGCACUUAAAUCCAGGGCAUCCGAGAGGUCUGGUUGGAUGUCCAGAGAAGUUGUAGAUGGAGAAAGGAAAACUGGGAAGAUGAUGGAGCAUGCCCUGCUGAAUGAUGAAGUGAUCCUCCAGGAAUUCAGUGUACUCUGGAAGGGAGCCGACAGGAGAGGAACUCAAAGAAAAAGAUUGCAGGACAUAGGCUGACAAAUGGAGCAGAAUGAAGACAACCAGAAAACUGCCUUUUUAUUUAUAAUGUGCCAUGACACUACUGAGUCCAUACUAUUGGAGUGACCUUUCAGCGACAGAAGAUUGUUUCCACUUCCCCAUACACUGUUCCCAAAGACAAGAGGAGAGGACUGCCACUUGGGAGACUCUUUACUUUAGUGCCUCAUUUAACUCUCAUGUCGAUUUUUAAUGGGACAUGGCUUGUAAUUUAACUACUUUCACAGGAUGGUCUCCUGGUUACCAUCUUUUCUUUUUUUCUUACAUACCAUUUUUAAGCAAACUUUGUAGUCGGGAUGGGGUUUUAAAUUAUGAUGUGCUGCCUUAGAUGCAAAUAUUUUUUAAUAAUGAGAAACUUUAUUCUGAAAUUUUUUAUACAACGGUUUUUAGAAGAUCAUUUUGUGGCGGUGAUUUUUUUAAACAUUGCAAUUGUAUUUUAGAAAUUUACUUUUAAAUUACAGAGCAUUAGUCAAAUGUUAAUAUAUGUGCAAUUUAGAUACUGUACUUGAGCUGCUGUAAUUGUCAGUUUUCAGUGAGGAAACUAUUUUUUGGUAAUGUUUAUUGAUUAUUGCUGGGUAUGAGUAAUGUAGUAUCUAUUUUUGUAGCCAGUGAAAUCAGGAAGCAGAACCCUAAUUAAUCAGAACACUAAACUUUGCUGACUGAAUAAAUUAAGUUGUUCACCUUG